CAGGGGGUGAUGAUGGGCCUUGGGGUUGGUGGGAUCCUGGAGGCUGUGAAGGGAAGCCAGGAAGCAGCAAGGCUGGGAGGGCAUCAGGAGCUGCAGAGGGGGUGCAGGGAGCAGCAGAGCUGGGGGUUGCUGGCAGUGUUGGAUAGGGGAUGGGUAGGGUCAGGCUGGCCCUCGGGGUGGCCUACAUCCUGAGGGCAGGUCUGGGACCACCACCUGCCCUGGCUGUGUGCGACGGUGCCAGGGAGGAAGGGAGGGAAGCAGGGCUCUGCCGGAGCUUGCCUCCUCUUCACUGCUGUGGGGAUUGGCAGCAGUGCUGCUGGAAAUAGAAACACGGUGUGGAGCUGAUGAAGCGCUUGGGGCUUCGGCUGGACUGGUCACUGGCCCUGGCACUGUGGCCCGUGGCCUGAAGGAGCAGGCAUCCUCUGCAGGGGCGAGUGGAGGAUUUUUGGUGUUAAGGGAUGACUGUGAUAGGGAGAAAGUUGUUCCCUGAGGAGCAGGUGCCCUUGUCCUUCCAGCGUGUGGGGCUGGCAGUGGGUUUAUCUGGGAUAAGCUGCAAAUUGGAGUGAUCCUAUUAAUGCGUCUUGUGCAGGAGUGAGCCUUGGACCCGGUGGUGCUGUGCAGGUGAAUAUGGCCUUGGCAGGGAAGCCUUUAGAUGUGACACUCACCACCUCCAGAGCUGACCAAUGGAACAUGGUUUUUCCCCAGAGAGACGAAGUCAUCACCAGCUUAGUGUCUGCCUUAGACUCCAUGUGCUCAGCACUGGCCAAGCUGAACGCAGAGGUGGCCUGCAUCGCCGUCCACGAGGAGAGCGCCUUCGUGCUGGGCACUGACAAGGGGAGGCUCUUCCUCAGCGCCCGCAAGGAGCUGCAGGCUGACUUCCAGAAGUUUUGCAGAAUCCAGCAGAGGAAGGAGCAGGACGCAGAGGUGCAGAAGAAGGCAAAGGAGUGCGGGCAAAGGGUGCUCAGGGUCUCCCCGGACCAGGGAUCAGAUGUGUACCUCCUCAGGAAGAUGGUAGAGGAAGUGUUUGAUGUGCUUUAUAGUGAAGCCAUGGGGAAGAGCAGUGUGGUCCCCUUGCCCUACGAGAGGUUCCUGAAGGAGCCAGGCUCGCUGGCUGUUACCGGCUUGCCCGAGGGCAUCAGCUUUAAGAAACCCCUGGAGUAUGAUGUGAAAUCCCUGAUGGCCAUCCUAGAGCACAGCCACAGCAUCCGCUUCAGGCUAAAAAGGCCAGCAGAUGAGCCCAGCCGAGAGCCCAACCCCAACAUCGAGUUAACUUGUUCCUCCCUCGCCUCCAAGGGCAGCCGAGACUCUGGUGCCAACGGCCCUGUGGCCAAAGCCAGCGCCCAGGACAGCCCCUCCGCCAUUGCCAUCACCAACUUCCUGUACGGCGUCUCGCUGCCCGCCCCUGCCACCAUCGACCUCAAGCAGGAGGUGUCCCCAGGGCUGCCUGGGCCCGCUGCCGUGGGAGAGCUGAAGGUGCCUUCCUCACAGGAGUACAGCGACUGCUGUGGACAGAAAUCAUCAGUCUCCGGAGGUCCCCUCAUCCAGAAUGUGCACUCGUCCAAGCGCAUCCUCUUCUCCAUCGUCCAUGACAAGACAGAUAAGUGGGACAGUUUUAUAAAAGAAACUGAAGACAUCAACACCCUUAGGGAGUGCGUGCAAAUUCUUUUUAACAGCAGAUAUGCUGAAGCCUUAGGGUUAGACCACAUGGUCCCUGUCCCAUACAGGAAGAUUGCCUGUGACCCUGAGGCAGUGGAGAUCAUUGGCAUCCCAGACAAAAUACCUUUCAAAAGACCUUGCACCUAUGGUGUCCCCAAACUCAAACGGAUACUGGAGGAGAGGCACAACAUCCAUUUUGUCAUCAAAAGGAUGUUUGAUGAAAGAAUUUUUACAGGAAGCAAAUUUACCAAAGAUCCAACCAAGCUGGAGCCGUCCAGCCCUCCCCGGGAGAUCUCCCCUGAGCCUCACCGUGGGGCCACGCUGGAGCUGGUGGGGACCUCUCAGGCCAGCAGCAGGUCUGAGAAGUGUAAUGUUUCUGAAGGCUGUGAACCAGGUACCUCAGGAGAGCUAGGUGGGAUCAGGCAGAUCAAAGUCGAACCAGACGAGCUGAACAUCAUCCAGAUCACCGUUCCAGACCGAUCACCUGGUCCAGUGGAAAUGCAUGACCCGGUGCCCGCGCACGUGGCCUCAGAUGAAUCAAGAUACAUCCUGGACACAGUCCCAGCAGAGACAGAGAAGGGCCCCAGUGAGGAGUCUCGACACGAAGAAAAGCAGAUGGAGGGAUCAGAUGGUAUAGGGGACAUUUUAAGUCAUUUGCGGAAAAAAGUUGAAAUUCUGUUCAACUCUCGAUACGCAAAAGCCAUAGGAAUAUCAGAGCCAGUCAAAGUCCCCUACUCCAAGUUCCUGAUGUACCCUGAGGACCUGUUUGUUGUGGGCUUGCCAGAAGGCAUCCUGCUGCGCCGCCCCAACUGCUUCGGGAUUGCCAAGCUGAAGAAGAUCCUGCAAGCCAGCAACAACAUCCAGUUUGUCAUUAAAAGACCGGAGCUGCUGGCGGAGGGCGUCAAGGAGUCGGUGUCAGACAGCCCGGCUGCCAAAGCCGCCGACGAGAGGGACUCGAGCGAGGUGCUGCUGGAGGACGCUGUGAAGAGACAGGGCUUUCAAGAAAAUUAUGAUGCCAGGCUUUCCAGAAUAGACAUUGCGAAUACGCUGCGGGAACAAGUCCAGGACCUGUUCAAUAAGAAAUAUGGUGAGGCCUUGGGGAUCAAAUACCCUGUGCAAGUGCCAUACAAGCGCAUAAAGAGCAACCCAGGGUCGGUGAUUAUAGAGGGCCUGCCUCCUGGGAUCCCCUUCAGGAAGCCCUGCACCUUUGGCUCCCAAAACCUGGAGAGGAUUCUGGCCGUCGCUGAUAAAAUCAAGUUCACUGUGACACGGCCUUUUCAAGGACUCAUCCCCAAACCUGCCCCUAGACGGAUAACAUCUUUGGAAAAAGCCUAUGCUGCUUUGAAUGAUGAGGAUGAUGCCAACAGGCUUGGAGAGAAGGUGAUUCUCCGAGAGCAAGUGAAAGAGCUUUUCAAUGAAAAAUACGGAGAGGCUCUGGGCUUGAACAGACCUGUCAUGGUGCCCUAUAAACUCAUCAGGGACAGUCCUGAGUCUGUGGAGGUUACUGGGUUGCCAGAUGAUAUCCCUUUCAGAAAUCCCAAUACCUAUGACAUUCAUCGGCUGGAGAAGAUCCUGAAGGCACGGGAGAGCAUCCGAAUAGUGAUUAUAAACCAGCUGCAGCCAUUUGCUGAAAUCUGCACCGAGGCCAAACAAACAGACAAAGACAUCAGUGUUCCCAAACGGAAGCGGAAGAGGAUCUCCGAAGGGAACUCGGUAUCUUCCUCUUCCUCUUCUUCCUCUUCCUCUUCUUCCAAUAUGGAGUCUACAUCAUCAACAAAUCAGAUCUCGCUUGUGCAAUGGCCCAUGAACAUGUACAUGUUAGACUAUGGUGGUCUAAACGUCCAGAUCCCAGGACCUAUUAACUAUUAGACCUCAAUAUCAAAUAAGAACCUCAAAUGAAAGAAAAAAUAAAUAAAUGUAAUUUAUGUAAAAAGUGUAUAUUCCAAUAUGUAUCGAUGCCUUUUAGUUUUUCCAAUGAUUUUUACACUAUAUUCCUGCCAUCAAGGCCUUUUUAAAUAAAAAUAAAAAGUGUUGCCUUGCUCUUAAAA